UGUCAAAACGAGUAUCAACAACACGCUGAAGUGAUUCGGCUGUAUGUUCGGGUCAAUCAAUUUCUUUUAAUCACAUUCUUUAGAAAGAAUGUUUUUUCUUGAAAUGACAUUUCCCAAUUGAAUCGAUUAAAAUUGUUUAAACAUGUUUUCAAAUCGUUUCGAGUGAAAAAAAAAAGUUUGCCCUAAUGCGAGUGUGUAAUUUUCCCAACUACCGAAAAACAACAAAGAGCUUUACUUGGAUUAAAGCCUUGCAAAGACAGCAAAUGAAAUUUGAAAACUACAGUCGAAAGACAACUGCAUUUCAUUCAUCAAAUUCAGAAUAAACAUUUGCACUAAAAUCAACCUAGUAUAUAUACAUGUAGUUGCUUCGCACAUUCGUAAAAAAAAAGAAUUUUUUUUAUUACAAACACAUAUAAAAUAUGAUGGACAUGGAGCCAAACCAGGAAAGCACAUAUGAACCGUUGGAAGCAAGUCGACGCAAUCGGCUCGAAUCAACCGACAGCCCAGAUAUUGAAACAUCACCACCACAAGAUCGCAAUGGUAUAUUAUACAUUGCUCUGAUCGCGGCUGGAAUUGGUUUCGUCUUACCAUAUAACAGUUUCAUCAUGGCAUCCGAUUAUUGGCAAGAACGAUUUCCCGGACAUUCAGUGGCAUUGGAUAUGUCAAUGACAUAUAUUAUCGUUGCAUUUGCAACUGUAUUGUUGAAUAAUUUAUUUCUGUCGCUAUUCUCUUUCAAAGCGCGCAUCAUAUUUGGCUAUUGCGUUUCAUUGAGUACACUUGUAUUUGUAGCAUUAUGCGAAGUGGCGUGGCACAUGUUUACCGCUCAAACUGCAUAUUCCGUAAAUUUGGUGGCCGUUUCAUUGACAGCCAUCGGUUGUACAAUACAACAGUCCAGUUUUUAUGGAUUUGCCAGCAUGUUUCCAAAAAAAUACACACAAGCCGUUAUGGCAGGAGAGAGUUUGGCUGGUCUUUUAGUCGCCAGCACUCGCAUUUCCAUCAAAUUAGUCAUAUCAAGCGAUGAAGUGUCAACGGUUGUUUUCUUCUUAACAUCAACCAUUUAUAUUGCAUUCAGUUAUGUAUUGCAUUCAACCACAAUUCAUUCACCGUUUGUCCGUUAUCACAUGAAGGUAUGCUCGAAAAUUGUUCUUCGGCCUGAUGAAGAUCGUGUUUUGUCAGAUCUAAUGGAAAAUUCAGCAUUAAAUACCAAAUAUAAUGUUUUGCCAAAGAAUAAGAAUCACAAGCAUUACACACUAAAUCAAUUGGAUUUGGCAACAUCAAUGAAUACAGAAUCUGGAGUUGAAACAACCGGUCUCAGUUUUAGUAAUCCGGUGUAUGAAUUAUCGAAUCCAAGUGCUGGCGAAAAUGCGAUGGACACAUUGAAUGCAUUGCCUGAAUCAUUGAUUGCAUCAACUACACCGCCAAUGAGCGCCGAUCCAUUACCAAAUGUUGCAUUCAAAGUUGAACAUGUGCUUGCACCCAGCUGUACAGCAGGCAAUCGACGUUUUGGCAGUUUCCGCAGUGGCCUCGAUUCAAGAUGGAGAGUUGCACAAACAAUUUAUCCAUAUAUGGUUUGCAUUGCGCUUGCAUAUUGUGUCACAUUAUCCUUAUAUCCGGGCAUCGAAUCCGAAAUUAUUUCGUGCAAUUUAAAAAGUUGGAUGCCAGUUCUUUUGAUGUUUAUGUUUAAUACGUCGGAUGUCAUCGGAAAGGUAAUGGCAUCCAUUCCGUAUGCAUGGUCUAGACGUCAAUUGAUACUGUUGUCUACAUUACGUGUUGCAUUAGUACCACUGUUAUUGUUAUGCUGUGCACCAAGAUCACAACCAGUGAUUCAAGGUGAAACGCCUGCAUUUAUUUUCACAGCAGCAUUGGGUAUAACAAAUGGCUUAGCCGGGUCGUUGCCGAUGAUGUUUGCACCCAGCAAGGUACCAGCAACCCUAAAAGAAGCCACUGGAAAUAUGAUGACACUAUCAUAUAAUAUUGGAUUAACAGCCGGCUCAUUGAUUGGUUAUGUUUUUGACAGUAUGCUUGGACCGCCAAUUGGUGCAAGACAAUGUCCAACAUAUCCUUACAUUCCCAGUACCACUAUUCAAACAAUUGUUACCACUUUAAAAGCGACAACAUCAUCAACAACAGCAGCGGCAACAACAUUGGCAACAACACAAUCCACAACCACAGCGCUCUCAACGUUUCUAUCCACUUCAUCACCGGAAACAACACGUUCCAAUUUAUCCACAAUUGCUGUCUCCACAUUGGCAACACUUUUAGCCAGCCUAACCACUGCUGUUACCAAUACAACCGCUCUUGAUGAAAGCGUGACCUCAUCACCAAUAUCAUCAUUGCCUUUAAACACGGCCAUUUCGAUGUCGAUUCCCAAUAGUGCAACAUCCAAUUUAAUCCAAAACUAAUAAUCAAUGCAGUCAGCUUUAAUCAUAGUAUAUUUACACCUAAUAAACGGAGUGAAAUAAAAGUGAAAUUAAAGUGGAGACAUGCUCUCGUAAUUUAUAUAGUCUGUAGCAAUUUGGAUAUGUGAACGAAACUCAAAACUUCGUUAGCACAAUCUAAAGCACACUCUCACUCAUACAAAAAAAAAA